AUGUUCCACUGGAAAUCGCUCUGGCGAAUCUGUGGACGACACUGUCAGCUCUCCAAGGCUCCGUUGUUCCUCUUCUUCGCGACCGUCGGGUCGCUCUGGUGUCACCACAUUAUCUUUGAUGUUCCGAAGACUGGUGAAGCAACAGAUUCAACCGCUUUUUGGAGCACUUCUUUCCCGAUUUUUAAUCUGACCAAUCUCAGCUGGGUCUCCGAAAGCCAAAGCCAGAAAGCGACGGCCUUUGCGGUUUCACGCAGGUCCUGGCCUUUCGCUGAGGAGUGGAAUCCCCGAAUCCAAUUUCAGGAGCUGAUUGAAAUGGUGAACGAGACGGAGACAGACGAGGACGAGACAAAUGAAACGACGCCGAUGCUCCAAUCUUUGUUGCUGUGGGUGUUUUGUGCCGGGCAAUACCGUGAAUGUGCGUGCUACGGAAAGAUCCGUUGGGGCAUGGAUCAGAACUGGGUCUACAUCUCUCCUGCCAUUCCGUCAGUGGCGCUGCGGAUCCAAUGUCAGAUCGGCAAACAGCCCGGGCUACCUGAACUGGUCGACAUGAAACCCGGAGAUCCCUCAAAACAUUGCGAAUGCCAGGUGAAUAGCUCCAGUCGCUUUUUCAAGUCCAUCAAUCUUGCAGCGCUGCCCAAGAGUGUGCGGGAAUAUUUACAACCUGAGGAGGCCUCCAACUGCCAGAAACUCUCAGAGGACAAGAGCACCUGUGGUCGCCUCUUGUGGCCCAGUUUGCAAGGCCUUUGCGACCCGAACUGGACGGAGGUGGCGCUGGGCACUAAGGCGUUAUCCGCCAAGAAGAUGCCAGGCUCCAUCAAGAGCUUCAUCGCCACGAAAUUUGCGAAGAACUACAGGCGCUUCUACCCAGGCGCAGGCGGCUGGCUCCGACGUGCCUUCGUCAGUUAUUUUGCUGGUCCCUUGGAGGGCAGCGACUCUGAAGCCAUGGAGAUCUUGAUCGACUCCGUUCAUCGUUUUUCGGUCUAUCCCAUUGUGGUGCUACAUGGUGGCAUUGCCACGCCAUUGCAUUGGAACACCAAGAUUUUCCCGCGCCUGAUCCUUCUCAGCAUGGCCGAACUUCCUGAUUUUGUGGGCUUCAGGGCCAGCCUUCUGGCAGCUGCAGUCAUCAGUCAUGUCGAGACCGGCAUUCUGCUGACCCAGAAUUCCUGGGUUUUUCCCGGCAUCGAUCACUUCUUUGGCGCCACCGAGCGGGAGGUGACUGAGGCGUAUCCGUAUCCCCUGAUGCCAGUGCAUCAUUUCAACAAGGUGAAGCACGAUGAGAGCUACCGAAAACAUCUCUGUAGUCCUCGUCAGGGCUGCAUUGCUCCCAUGCGUUGGAACCACUUGGGGGUGCUCUGCUGGGCUCGUUCCGCCCUGCCCUUCCUGGCCGCCGUGCUCCGAUCCCUGCUGCGCGACGAGACCUACGAGGUGAACGCCGUCCGGUCGCAACGGGUGCCGUUGAGGGUGCGACGGACCGCGGAUCUGGAGACCUUGAUGAAUGUGGCUUUGUGGAAAGCAGGGGCAUACAAGCAGUGGUGCAAGAUGCAUGUGUCUGAAGCGGAUGUGGAGAGAUGGCUUGAGUUGCCAGGAAAUAGUUCUGAUUGUGGCAAUCGGUCCGUCUGCAAUCCAGCGACCAAUGACACGAUUUUCUAUCCUUGGGGCGUCCCCAAAGUGGUUGUUUCAUCAGCCACCUCGAAGGUUCCUCGAGCCCGGGCUUUUUUAAGUGCUGUGGAAGAGAGAUACCGGCGAGGAGACCUGCCAAAUCCCAUUUUGUUCCAGAAGACCUAUCGAAAUGAAACUGAGGCCAAGAAAGAUUGGCCGCAGAUCAAUUGUCUGCUGGGAUUGUAA